AGCUGCUGGGUGGCGCUGGUUUGCCCAUGGAAACCAAGCGCAGAUAGUGCGUGACUCCUCGUUCAGCCGACAGCACAAGUAGCCUCUCUACUUCGUUCCUUUCAGACAGAGUCGGUACCCGUUUAGCAGCAAAAGCUUUUUCCUUUACUUGUAAUUCCCCAUCCUUCCCUGGUUUUAUUUUUCUUCCCCUAUUUGUCCCAGUCAUGGCGGCGAGUGCGAAAAGAAAGCAGGAGGAGAAACACCUGAAGAUGCUGAGAGAAAUGACGAGUUUGCCUCCCAACAGAAAGUGCUUUGACUGCGAUCAGCGCGGCCCAACCUAUGCCAACAUGACGGUGGGGUCUUUCGUCUGCACCUCGUGCUCUGGCAUACUGCGAGGGCUGAACCCACCCCACAGAGUGAAGUCCAUCUCCAUGACAACCUUCACGCAACAGGAAAUCGAGUUCCUCCAGAAACACGGCAAUGAGUCAUGCAAACAGAUAUGGCUGGGGCUUUACGACGACAGAACGGCCUCCAUACCGGACUUCAGGGAACCACAGAAAGUCAAGGAGUUCCUUCAGGAGAAAUACGAGAAGAAGAGAUGGUUUGUUCCCCCGGAGCAGGCCAAAGUGGUGGCUUCGGUCCAUGCCUCAAUCUCAGGCUCGUCAGCCAGCAGCACCAGCAGCACUCCCGAAGUCCGUCCCCUCAAAACACUGCUGGGGGAGUCCGCCCCCACCCUGCACCUCAACAAGCACACACCCAGUCAGUCUCCGGUGGGGAGCCGUGCGGCCCAGGCCCUCCAGCUGAGCCAGCAGCAGCAGUUCCACGACAAGAAGUUUGACCUCCUCAGCGACCUGGGCGGAGACAUUUUCGCUGCUCCGUCCCACUCGCAGACCGCAGCAGGCUUGGCAGCCAACUUUGCCAACUUUGCACAUUUCAACAGCCACCCAGCUGCUCAGAACGCACAUGCAGACUUUGCUAACUUUGAUGCGUUUGGGAGCGCGGGUCCAUCGGGUGCUUUCCCCUCUGCACCCCAAGCCCCCUUCCAGACCUCACAUACAGCGUUCACGUCCCUCUCAUCCAGCCGCAGUGUGGGUGAGUUUGCCACCGCUGGCACUGCUCUCCCUCACCCGGGUGCAGGUGCUCACAGAGGUAGUGUCCCUAGCGGGGUUCCAGGCUCUCUCCCCCCGGUGGCGUCGGCAGGACUGCGUCACCCCCAAAGUCAGCUGACGGGUACGUCGGCGGCAGACCGCUACGCCGCGCUGGCCGAGCUGGACAACGUGUUCGGCUCGUCAGCCCCCGCCACCAGCGUCUACAACACCAUCAGCACUUCUCAAGGGGGGAUGUUUGGCACUGUGACAGGAGUCUCGUCAGCCCAAGCACAACAAUGUAUGUCCAGCAUGCCCCAGGGUUUUGGAGGUCCGUCAACAAACCCCUUUGCUGCUGCAGCGGUUGCCCCGGCGAUAGCCACCACCAACCCCUUCCAGAGCAACGGGAGAGCAGCGGCUAUGGCAGCAGCAGGCCUGUUGGGGGCUCUGCAUGGGCAGGGUUACCCUCCAGCCCACUUUGCCACGUUUGGCACAGGGUCCAUGAGCAUGCCAGCCGGAUUCAGGAACGCUGCUACCUACAACCUCCCCACCAGCUUCAGUGGGACCUUCCAACAGCCCUUCCCAGGCCAGGGCCCCUUCCCCCAGCCUCCGGCCUAUCCCCAGCAACCCAACGUAUUCACCUCUUUCUCUGGUCCACCAGGAGGGGGGUUUUCAGCCUAUGGUCAGGCCAAGGCUGUGGCGACCCCCUUUGGGCAGGCGAUGGCUGCACCCGGGGUAUCUAGUAACCCCUUCUUGGCGGGCGCCCCUUCAGGACAUUAUCCCUCAGGAAGCUCUUCAACGAAUCCUUUCUUAUAGCACUGCUCCACCUGAACUCCACCACUAGGGUGUUGUCAACUGGCGUGCACCGCUCUCACCUCUUGCACUGUUUUGUUUCACAAGAUGCUUGUGAAAAAAGACAAA